AUGGCAACCAACGGGCCAAACCUGGAGUGCCGGAUGUACGAGGCGAAGUACCCGGAGGUGGACCAGGCUGUGAUGAUACAGGUGAAGAGCAUGGCCGACAGCGGCGCCUACGUUUCACUCCUUGAGUACAACAAUAUUGAGGGUAUGAUUCUGUUUUCUGAGCUGUCCCGCCGCCGUAUUCGGAGCAUCAGCAGCCUCAUCAAGGUUGGCCGCAUCGAGCCCGUCAUGGUCCUCCGUGUUGACAAGGAAAAGGGGUAUAUUGAUCUCAGCAAGAGGCGUGUUUCCGAGGAGGACAUUCAAGCCUGUGAGGAGAGAUUCAAUAAGAGUAAGCUCGUCCAUUCCAUCAUGCGACAUGUCGCUGAAACCAUGAACAUUGACCUAGAGGAUCUCUAUAUUCACGUUGGCUGGCCAUUAUACAGGAAAUAUGGCCAUGCAUUUGAGGCGUUCAAAUUAAUUGUUAAUGAUCCUGAUUCAGUGCUUGAUUCCCUCACCCGGGAAGUCAAAGAAGUUGGUCCUGAUGGACAAGAGGUCACAAAGGUGGUUCCUGCGCUAUCAGAGGAAGUAAAGGAUGCGUUAGUUAAAAAUAUUAGGAGAAGAAUGACACCACAACCCUUAAAGAUUCGAGCAGAUAUUGAAAUGAAAUGUUUUCAGUUUGAUGGUGUUCUGCACAUCAAGGAAGCAAUGCGUAAAGCUGAAGCUGCUGGCAACAAGGAUUGCCCUGUUAAAAUUAAACUUGUUGCUCCACCAGCAUAUGUCCUCAACACCCAAACGCUUGACAAGGAGCAAGGCAUUGCGAUCCUUAACCAGGCAAUUGAAGCUUGCACAGAAGAAAUUGAACGUCACAAAGGAAAACUUACAGUUAAGGAGGCACCAAGAGCGGUGAGUGAACGGGAGGACAAAUUACUUGCAGAGCAUAUGGCUAAGUUGGGACGUGAAAACGAGGAGGUUAGUGGUGAUGAGGACAGUGAAGACGAGGAAGAUACGGGCAUGGGAGAAAUUGAUGUGGAGAAUACAGGAACCGGGAUAACAGAGUGAAAAGUCGUGUCUUUUGCUUACUUGAGAUAACGUAAUCAACAUUUUUGUAUGUUUUCCUUACUCUACCAUGCACCACUUCUUCAAUGAGUGUAUGCAGUUGAUAUGAAAAAUGUUAUUCA